GUCACGUGAGCGAGCCGCGGCCUCAAAGGAGACUCCAGGACUGGUCAUGUGACCCAGCCCCACUACUCGCAGGGAUGGAGCCGGAAGAGGGGGUUCCCUUGUGGCGGCUGCAGAAGCUUCCUGCUGAGCUAGGCCUGCAGCUUCCUGCUCCUGUCUUCAUUCUACCUGCGUACUACAAAGAUAAGGCCCAUAACCUUUACUGCCAGCUUCUUCACAAAAUAAUUGAUGGCAUUUGUGGCCGAACUUAUCCUCUCUACCAGGAUUAUCACAGUGUUUGGGAUUCAACAGAAUGGAUGCAUGUUCUAGAAGACAUUACCAACUUUUUCAAAGCUGUAGUUGGUAAAAGUUUAUCUGAUGAAGAGGUAUCUCAGCAGUUGGAUCAGUUGAAUUCAUCUCAUCAAGAAGCUAUCAUGAAAUGCUUAAAAAGUAGGAAAGAUGAAAUCAAGCAGGCUCUGUUGGAAGAAAUAGUUGAUAUUUCCUCUUCGCAGCUACAGGAUUUUGAUUGGCAGUUAAAGCUUGCACUUUCUAGUGACAAGAUUGCUACACUACAAAUGCCACUUUUAAACCUUCAUCUAGAUGUGAAAGAAAAUGGUGAAGUCAAGCCGUAUUCUGUUGAAAUGAGUAAAGAAGAGCUGCAGAAUCUAAUAAAUUCCUUGGAAGCAGCUAAUAAGGAGAGAAAAAUGCAGGUAUGAGAAUGGUUUUCUUUGCCAGCUGGUUCAGAAAGAUAACCUCCUUUUGCCACACCGAAUUCCUACUGAAGCCUUGGUGAUGAGUGCUGAUUGUUCCAGGGUGGACAAAGUAUCUAGGGGCCAAUCAGGAAUGGUUGCCAGUCCCUUGAUGUACCAAGGACUUUUUGAAAUAGGAAAACCAAACCAAAACAAACGACUGUUAGAUCUCUUCAGUUCGAAUAAGGAAAUUCUUGGUUCGGAGAAAUAAAAACAAACUCAAAACAAUGCUUAUCCUUCCAGGAACUUCGUAUUUUCUGGUUUGCAUUUCUUCUUUUGAAAAGGAUUUACUUUCAAAUGUUUGUGAAAUUGCAGCCUCUAACAGUGGGGUUUUCUGUCAGCUUAGUUGAUUUCAGUUAUCUGGAAAAAGCAGGAUUUAAGCAAAAGCACAAUGUAUUCUGGACCUAGAAAUUGACUUGAUUAGUUCCAACAGGGCUUUUUUCUUAUUCAAUUGAUUGUGGCCCCUACUUGGCACACUUUGGAGCCAAAAUGUCUUACAGUGAUGGCUCCCUGCACUCCCCUGGCACUUCAAAUGCUGGCAAUAAAAGCCUUGCCUUGCUAAGUUCUUACCUGCAAGAAAGACAUUGAUCACUCUCAAAUGUUGCUAAGAAACCAAUCUAUUUCCCUACUUGCUUGGAAUUUCUGAAUUUCUGUGGAUACCAUCACCCUCUCUGGGACUGCCAGUCUGCAUGGAAACACAUCUUAUGGCAUAAUAUCCCACCAUUCUGAAGACUUUUUCAAGAAUACCAGGACUUGGGAGAAAUAUAUUUGAGAACAUUUAAUUACCAGAUUCUCUUUUAAGUUUAACUAGCACAUACCAAACAUAUCCCAGGCCCCCAGGUGAAAAAUACUUGUCUUAAUACCCAGUCCAUUUAUACCAAUACUUCUUUUUACCUUUCAAAAACAGUGACAUGGUCACCUCUGGAUCUUUCAGGCAUGAAUCAGCCAGUUGGUGUCAUCAAUGUCGUUGGCUAUCUCCUCCUUUUCUCCUUCCCAUCAUUUGCACAUUUGACUGUUUACCCUGAUCAACCAUCCACCCAUAUCUAUUCUUAUUAGAAGUUCUGGGAAAACUUGUGGAAGGAAAGAAGGUACAAGCUAAAGAAAGCUAUUGGUGCAAAUGAAGCUUUGGAUUCCCUGUGGAUUUUGAUCAUGUCUUCUAUUCUUGACCCCCUCAACAGCAUGGAUAAUUUGGUAUCUGAAUAUAUGAGUAGCCACAAGUGACUGAUAAAAACAGGUCAAACUUUUCAUGGCACAGUUCCAGGAGCAGCUCGUUAAGAUUCCUGUCUCUGCUGGUGUGCUGUUCCUGAGCCCCACAGGUGUGCAGACUUCUUGGUAGCUCCAAUCCCUUUCAGUGGAGUUGAGGCAUGAGGCAGAGAUCACAGACACCUGGCAGAAUUACACAACUGUACACACACAAUGUCAGAGAAAGAGAAAGACCUAGAAAGAUUCUGGUUUGGGCCCAAAUCACUAGUCAUUUCACUUCAUGAAUAAAAGCGGGUGCCUUGUAAGCUUACAUUAUUUACAAUGCUCGUAUUUUUCAAACAUCCACCCAAAAGCUGAGGACCACCACGCCACAGGGAACAGUUCCAUGAACUAUGUACAGAAUUUACAAGGAAGUUUACAUAAUAUUCUACAUUCCAUUAACAACUUGACCUCUGUGUUGACUGUUUGCUUUCAAGCAACAGAUAUUUUUGUUUGUUUUUCUGUCCUCCUCAUCCCAGUAACUGCUGAUGAACCAACAUGAACAAAUGCUUGCACAUUCCUUUACCCUCCCUCCUGGGAUAAAUAUUUGAUUAUAUUUGUUUAGGGAAAAAAAAAAAAAACUGUGGCACAUCACCCUUUGUAAAAUACUAUUAAAAAUUGUCCAUAUAAGAAAUCUUGG